AACAUAUUUCAUUUUUCGUCGCGUCGCUCUAUUUUUGCGCCCACCAGUUUUCUAGCUGGUUUACCAGACGCUGGUGGAUGUCUUUAUACCGGGACGGAAAAGCCGCGGCACUUCAGGUAUCCGUCGUCCGCCGUGCGAAGUAUCCGUCACCAUGGAGGAAGACGAUCAAAAAAUGGCUGUAAUGCGAAAAGCAUUUCAAAUGUUCGACACGACGAAAAGCGGUUUCAUCGACACGUUGAAAAUUUCAACGAUAUUGAACACGAUGGGUCAAUUAUUCGACGAUUCCGAUUUGAAUGCUUUGAUCUCGGAGAAUGAUCCGGAAGGGACUGGUAAAGUAAACUUCGAUGGAUUCUGCAAAAUCGCUGGACGAUUCUUGGAGGAGGAAGAUGCAGAGGCGAUGCAAGAGGAAUUGAAAGAGGCCUUCCGUUUAUACGAUCGCGAGGGAAAUGGAUAUAUUACAACGGCUACAUUGAAGGAGAUUCUUGCUGCUCUCGAUGAUAAACUUACCAGUGCGGAUUUAGACGGUAUAAUUGCUGAAAUUGAUACCGAUGGAUCAGGAACGGUUGAUUUUGAUGAAUUCAUGGAAAUGAUGACUGGAGAAUAAUCAUGGAUUGAAAAUACAAUUGGCAGAGCGACGUCGAAGACAGUACAGUAUUUUAAAAUAAUAUUUUAAUAUUUUUGUUGAUACUAGUAUCCUGUGAAAAAAUUUGUUUAAUAAAACGAUAAUAUAAAUUU